GCAAAGGAAGGAAUUCUUGCUCUGUUUCUUUCUGUUUGCUCAGUUUUGGUGGGUUCUGCUCACCAGCCUCCAUCCCCAGUACAGAAGCCCCAGUGCUGCAGGGACACUAGAAACGAGUAGGAGCGGCACACACCACGCAGUCCAGCUUCGAAUACACACACAUCUUCUGAAUAUAACCUCACCUCACACAGCCCAACGCAAGCACAGCUCUCUAGUAAAGCAUAGGUCCAUUGCUUUGCUUUGGUUGCUCCAAGAAGCUUAACCUAGCUCGAGUUAGAAGAAGACAGCACCAUGAGAACCAUCACGGCAAGAAACCCCCAUGAUUCCCUCUCCUUCUCCAGGAGGCACUUCAAGUGGCCGGUUCUUGGCAAGAGCAGAAGCCAUCGAGCUACGACUGGGGAUGAGGAGUACAUGAAGAACUCGGAGGCAGAGGAGGAUGACGCGACCAUGGCCUUCUCCUCGGCCUGUCCGUCCUUCCACUCCGAGGACUUUGUGUCCCCUCCGAUGAAGGUGGCACCGCCGCCGGCGCAGCAGCACCAGCAGCCGCAGAGGAGGAGGAAGGUCCGGACGGCCGUGUCGCGUCUGCGCUCCGCGCUGGCCAAUGCCGUGGCCGGCCGGGGCCGCCAGGUCGGCCUCGGCGCGCGGCUCACCGGCACGCUGUACGGCCAUCGGCGCGGGCACGUCCACCUCGCGUUCCAGGUUGACCCGCGCGCGUGCCCGGCGCUGUUGCUGGAGCUGGCCGCGCCCACGGCGGCGCUGGUGCGCGAGAUGGCCUCGGGCCUGGUGCGCAUCGCGCUCGAGUGCGAGCGCGCCAAGGGCUCCGCGCUCCUCACCCCGACCGCCGCGCCCACCGCCGGAGGCAACGGCAGGAAGCUGGUCGAGGAGACGGUCUGGCGCGCGUACUGCAACGGCAAGAGCUGCGGGUACGCGGUGCGGCGCGAGUGUGGCGCCGCCGACUGGCGCGUGCUCCGCGCGCUGGAGCCGGUGUCCAUGGGCGCCGGGGUCAUCCCUGCCGCGAGCUGCGGCGGCGGCGAGGGCGACGUCAUGUACAUGCGCGCACGGUUCGAGCGCGUGGUGGGCUCCCGUGACUCGGAGGCGUUCUACAUGAUGAACCCGGACAGCAGCAGCGGUGGCGGCGGCGGCAUUGGCGGCCCCGAGCUCAGUGUCUACCUCCUCAGAGUCUGAUCGACCAUGUCCUUGCUUGUUCACUUCACUUGUUUGCUGAUCAAAAUCUCCUUUUGUGGAUGUCAUGCUGUGAAAAUGGAUUAGGCAGGUGGCGUUUAGACUUUUAGAUGGAAACGUAACUAAUGGUGAUGGAAAUUAAAAUAUUUUUGCUGUUCUUGUUGUGAUCAAGUGUUGAUGAUGCAGAGUGUUAGGUUAUGGUGAGGUGAAAGUGAGAGUAGGGAGCCAUGCUAUUGUCAGCUUGUAAUGCCUCUAUAGCUCAAUAGUGCCCCAGUAAACCGUAAACCAGCUAGAGUUGUAGUACUUGUGAUGAAUAUGUUGUAAUGAUCAAUAAAAUAGCCUUAUUAGU